UCUAAAGAAACACAGCGACACCAUUUUUGUCGAGAAAUCUGUAAGAUAAUAUGGGAGAUGCGCGCCGGCAUUUUGUAUUUUCCAUGGAUCCACCGAAGCUACGGGCGUGGGGCGUUGUCUAGUCUCUACCAGAAUCCCGCCUGGCCGAAUAGGGGACUUAGGUCAAGUUAGGAAUAAAAGCUGAGUAGGAGUUAAAUGGCCUAGGAGUAUCAACGUUAGCCGGCCGGCCUUAAGUCGCAAACGGUACUCCUCGGCCAUCUACCGCGUUUUCUUUCUUAUUUGGCCAAUUUCUACUAUUUUUCAAGCGACCUGUGGAGCCUGGUAGAGGCCAGGCGCUGUCUAGAGUCUCGCUAAAUCACACUUGUUUAAUGCAUGGGUUUCUAUUGUUAUGCGUGGAAACAAUCGGUGUCGGCAUCUUUCGCAUAAUUAAUGACCUCAUUAUAAACUCGAUUUUCAAGACGACUCGAAUUGGUCUUGCUUUGUGCGAGCAAGGCGGUUUUAUCAAACGGGGAAGAUUAGGUGGUUAAUGACAACGCAAUUGUCUACAAAAGACAUUUCCUGUGAACUAACUUCUGCCUUCAGAAUCGACUGCUGGUUUUCCUGCCAAAUCUUUAGAUGGCUUCAUCUUCAUCGUCCAUGGGCCGAAUGACUUGAUAUUUGGCAUGGAUGUCAUUUUCCCCAUUUUUAUAUAUAAAUCUUUGGGAUUAUUCCACUACGGGUAUUGGCAGACCAAAUGAAAUACACCUAACAUGACCUACUGUAUGUGCUCUUACAUUUAAACGAAAUGAUGCUAACUUGUGUAUGUGGAUGACUUGGGCAUGUCCCCAAAGGACACUCAUCGUCAUAAAUGCUUUUCAAACUACAAGUAGAAACUCACCAGUUUACUACUUUCAAGUGAUUAUGAUAAACUAAAAUCAAGUGAAUAGGAUAAACUGUAAUGCUGUAACGUUAUUUUUUUCUCAGCGAUUAUUCUGCCUUCGUUGGAAGCCCAGUCACAGACGGCCGCUCCUACCAACCAAACACACGACGGUGGGCAAGCUUCUGUGUCCCCUGGCGAUUCAUUCCCGGCAGAAUCUGGAAACCAAUCGGUUACCCCUGGCAACCCAUCCCUACCUGACACCGAGAACAAAACUAUGGCAGCAGCAUAUGGAGUGGCAGUCAGCUCUACAGUGACGGGCAUCUACAGCAUCGUGGGCACCAUCGGCAACGGGCUGGUCAUCUUAACCUUCUGCACCUACAGACAGGUACGGACGUCCGCGCACACCUUCAUCCUGAGCAUCAGCAUCAGUGACGUCAUGAUAACCGGUUUCCAGUACCCAGUAUCAACAGCCUCCGCGAUCAUCGGUGCCCCUUCUCUCGGACACGCCAUGUGCCCAAUGAUAGGCGCCUUAUUCUACUUCAGUAUCUACAUAUCGCUGUUAUCUAUGGUCCUGAUCGCCUUUAACCGAUGCAUACGCGUCACGAAAUCAACAGAGACGUACAGGAAACUGUUCAGUCCUUUCAGGUCGUUCCUGUGGGUCGUGUUAUCGUGGGUUGUGAGUGGGUUGUUGGUAGCUCCAGGGUUUCUAGGCUAUGGUGAAUUCGGUUGGAACAAAAAUUCACAAAUCUGCGCUCUAAUGGACAAGAGUUCUUACAGUCGAGACUACGUCUCCAACAUCUAUGGGCUUUUCUAUUUGAUCGUCUUCUGUGUAGUUAUCGCUAUAGUAGUGCUGUUUAUGCUGUACCGCAUGAACUAUGUCCUGAACCCUUUUCUGUACGCCUGGAAGCUGCCUGUGUUCAGGCGUGCCUUUAAGGCCCUGGUUCGCUGCAAGCGGCAGCUGCCGUUCCAACCCGGAGCGCCAGUGUGGUCUAAUCACAGCGCCGCCGCGCUGCAGAGAGUCAAAGUUGCUUUCCAUGACGCUCUCAAAAUCAUGACGUCACAGCCUAGAUCCACUAGCAACAGCUGCCUCUUCGCACUGAUGCGCGUAGACACGUUCGACGCCAGGAGGCGUCAGCUGACGCACUCAUUUGCGGCUCGCCUCAUGGCGUCUGAGAACGACAUUAUCACAGUCCUAUCUGAUUUCGAUGUUAUUGCUACAAACCAAAGAGCUCAUCUUGAGCUGGGGUGCCCUGCUGAGGCUGAGGACGUCCAGAAUCUAAAGAAACACAGCGACACCAUUUUUGUCGAGAAAUCUGUAAGAUAA